AUGGAUAAAGCUGAACAGAAGAAUGUUAACGAUGAUGGAGACAUUGAUUCGUCGUUGAAGUCAAAUGGAGAUUCUUCUUUGUCGGUGUCAAAGCGUAAAACUUCGAUUACCACAAGUGAUGAAAUCGUAAAGGAUCUCCUCGAUGAAGUCAGGCAAUCGGAAAAGCCGUUUUCUGUGGAGGAUUUGGCUGCUGCAAAAAGAUCCAAGAAGAAAUCCAAGGAACAUAAGCACAAGAAAUCCAAGAAGAAAAAGAAGCAUCGUUCAAAACGCCAUCGAAGUGGUUCACGUUCUCGUUCGUCUAGAAAGAAACAUAAGAAAAGAUCCAGAACACGAUCACGAUCCAAGAGCCGAUCGAGAUCGAGAGAUCGAUCGGCAUCCGAGGAACGGUCGGGGGCAAGCCUAAGGAGUGAAAGUCAAUCUCGAGUCUCUAUCGCGAAAUCCAAGUCACCAAAUGAGACGGUCGCCGUGGAAAAGACCGAACCCGAACCUACCCCCGCUUCUCCGAAAAGUCCACUUCCUGAUCGGAGUUCUCUUCAUGAGAUUUCCGACGAGGACGACUUACCAGUUGGAGCAGAUUUCCGCACAGUAAUGAAGGAGGCUAAGCUCAAAAUAAAUAUCUCAAGCAAAAUAGGCACGAUACUCGAUUUAUCUGCCAUUCCUGUCGCUCCUCCGUUAGCCAAACCGCGGCCAGCAAAUGCUUUCCCCUUAUCGAAACCUGUAAAGAAGGAUGACGAUGAUGACUUUACUCCGGUCGAAAAACGAGAAUCUGUGGUUUUGAAUAAGGUAAUUGCUGAAAAAGGUCGAGGUGAUUUCAUACCACGGAAUUUGAAAGUGAAAUCUACCACAAACGAUACUUCUGCAAACCAAAAUCAACUGAAGAGUGAUGGAAAUGCUUCGGAUGUGGAGAAGAAACCAAAUCGCUCUAUUAAGGAUGAAGACAUGAUGGACAUAUCUCCUGAUGAAGACGAGAAAGAGUCCUCUUUUGGCCCAAGUGCUCCCGCUCCACUAUCAGCUCCUCGCUCGCCUAAAGCGGCACCAGCUCACUAUAAAAGUCCUGUUCCUGAGCCUAUCAGUGAUGGAGAACUGGAAAAGGAAAUAGUGGACGAGGUGAUGGCGGCUGCUCAGCCAAAGUUUAACGCCAAGCUAGCAAGGCUUACAAAGGUCGUUGAAGGCUCAUCGGCAGUGAUAUCCAAAAGUGGACUUCAUAAAAUAUAG